CCGAAGGGCGGGCGGUCUCGCUUCCUGCCCUGCACGGGAACCGAUGGAGGGCGCGGAGGAGGGGGCGGCGGUGCGGUGCCCGGUGUGCCUGCGGGAGCUGCCGGGCGCGCUCAUCAACUCGCACCUGGACCGCUGCCUGCAGGCAGGGCAGGGCGAUGCGGAGCGGGGCUGCUCGCCCCCUCCCAAGAAGCCGCGCCUCGCCGCCGCCGUCCCAUCGGGGGAGACCCCCUCGGCGGCCGCCCCCGUCUUCUCCCUCUUCCAUAAGAGCCGCGGAGGCGGCGGGCAGAGCCCCGGAGCCCCCGGCGAGAAGCCGGAGGAGGGCGGCGGGGGGGCAGCGCUGCGCGGGGCCAGCCUGGCGCAGAAGCUGGAGGGAAAGCCCCUGGCUGACAGGCUGCGGCCGGACACGCUGAGGGACUACGUGGGGCAGGAGCGGGUGCUGGGAGCCCAGACCCUGCUGCGGUCCCUGCUGGAGUCCCACGAAAUCCCCUCCCUCAUCCUCUGGGGGCCGCCGGGAUGCGGCAAGACCACCCUGGCACACAUCAUAGCCAACAGCAGCAAAAAGACUGGGACAAGGUUUGUGACGCUGUCAGCCACGAGUGCCAAGACAAAUGAUGUUCGAGAUGUCAUCAGUCAAGCCCAGAAUGAAAAAAGACUCUUCAAGAGAAAAACCAUUCUCUUUAUCGACGAGAUCCAUCGUUUCAACAAAUCCCAGCAGGACACUUUCCUUCCUCACGUUGAGUGUGGGACCGUGACUCUGAUAGGGGCGACAACAGAAAACCCGUCCUUCCAAGUCAAUGCUGCUCUCCUGAGCCGAUGCCGGGUGAUCGUGCUGGAGAAGCUCUCGGUGGAGGCGAUGGAAGCGAUUCUGAUGCGGGCCGUCAGGUCCUUAGGGGUCCAGGUUUUGGGCAAAGCCGACCAGCACGACAGCUCUGCAACUGGCAGCAGCAGCGAGAGCUCGGAAUUCCCCGUGUACAUAGAGGAGAAGGCUCUAAGUACCCUAGCCUACCUUUGUGAUGGUGAUGCAAGGACUGGAUUGAACGGACUUCAGUUAGCAGUUCAGGCCAGGCUGGCAGCAGGGAAGACCACUCCUGUGAGUACUGCCAAAGGAUGCUCUGUUGAUGGAGUUCUGAUAACAGAAGAACAUGUAAAGGAAGGUCUACAACGAUCUCACAUCCUGUAUGACCGAGCAGGAGAAGAACAUUACAAUUGCAUCUCUGCCCUGCAUAAGUCUAUGAGAGGCUCAGAUGAAAAUGCUUCCCUUUACUGGCUUGCUCGAAUGCUUGAGGGUGGUGAGGAUCCACUCUACGUGGCGAGGAGGCUGGUAAGAUUUGCAAGUGAAGAUAUAGGACUGGCAGAUCCUUUGGCUUUAACGCAAGCAGUUGCUGCCUAUCAAGGUUGUCACUUCAUUGGAAUGCCAGAAUGUGAGGUCAUUCUAGCACAAUGUGUAGUGUAUUUUGCAAGAGCACCAAAGUCUAUAGAGGUGUACAAGGCUUACAACAAUGUGAAAGAAUGUCUGAGAAUGCACACAGGACCUCUACCACCUGUUCCACUGCACCUGAGAAAUGCCCCAACAAGGCUUAUGAAGAACUUGGGCUAUGGUAAAGGCUAUAAAUAUAAUCCCAUGUACAAGGAACCUGUAGAACAGGACUAUCUCCCAGAAGAGCUGAAAGGAAUGGACUUCUUUAAGGAACAAAAAACAUGAUGCGCUUGCUCUGAAUGUUUUUCAUUUUAUGAUUUAUAAAUGUAUAUUGGGAUGAAAAUUCCCUGUAUAGUUUCAGCCCUGUAUUCCUGUGGCUGAAAGUAUGAAAGCACUGAGCCUCUGAGAUACUUCUCAUUUUACUGCUGUUAUUCUAAAGUAGUUUUGUAAACAAUUCCACUUAAGCAAUAUGGAAAUGCAAAAGUAAACUUAGCCAAUAUAGUACUGUCAUCCUCUGGUUCAAAUUUAAUAGUGCAAAACAAUGAGGCUUGUAUUUUUUACUCUUGCUGAGAGACAAGGAAUAUUAUCAUGCUGCUUUUUAAAAUCAGUAUCCAUUUCAAAAUUUUAGAAUGUUUAUUUUCAAAAAAAAAAAUUGUACCUCCCCAUUAAAAUAUUAUAAGCAAAAUAUAAUUACACUGUAAUUCUUUUGUGAUGUUCCAGAGAAAUUUUGUACAACAACAUUUAUUAAACCAAUAAAGUUGUUGAAAAGUGU